AUGUCCUUCGCAUUCUCCUUUAGCGGCGACGACAUAGAAGACACGCACGACGAUGCCUCCCAAGAAGUCGCCGGCGCCCAGCAGCCCGGCCCCGCCAGCGGCUCGCUCGCCGCCCUCCGGACCGACCACCAAGCGCAGGGCAACAGCAGCGCUUUCCCCAUCGAGGGCAAGCCCCAGCUAGCCCCCAACGCCACAGCGCAGACGACAUUCUGCCUCGGAGAGCUGUGGGACGUGCGCGUCCAGCUCAUGGCCGAGGACGACGGCUCCGGCCGGGCGACCGAGGGGCUCGGCGCCCAUGACGUAAAGACGGGCGUGUACGAGGGCGGCUUCAAGAGCUGGGAAAGCAGCGUGGAUCUCGUCAAGGUUCUGGCGACCCGCGACUUUGGCCGAGGCGAUCGCGGACAGCCUCUCCAUGUAAUCGAGCUCGGUUGCGGAACUGCGCUCCCUUCUUUAGCCAUCUUCCAACAGACCCUGUUAGAGAGGAUGGCGUCUACCGAUGAGGCCUCGACCGCGCCGGCCCUCUACGUCACCGUAGCAGACUACAAUCCCACCGUGCUCCAGCUCGUGACGCUGCCCAAUUUCAUCCUUACCUGGGCGCUCUUGUGCAAGGAGACCGACCCGGCGCUCGCGGACGCCUUCUCAAUGGAGGACGAGCUCGAGUUGACCGACGAGGUCAAAGAGGGCUUUUGCCGCGCUCUCUCCGCUGCCAACAUCCACCUCUCCUGGCUCUCCGGGGGCUGGUCUAGUGAGUUCGUGGAUCUCCUCUACGCCGCCGCGGACGGGCGCAGCCUCCCCGCGCCGCUUACCACCCUGGAGCGCCAGGCGAGACCCGGCUCCGACGCUCAGGCCCUCGUCGGCGCGAAGAGGCACUACUUUGGCGUCGGCGGCUCCCUCGACGAUUUCGUCGGCCUGGCGCGGGACGGCGGGUUUGCCGUCGAGCAACUCGCGGAAGAGACGGAGGGUGUUAGAAGAGGCGUUGUACAAUGCACAUUGGCCGCGCAAUCCAAGGGAUAA